GUGCUUGUCCUCCUGCUCAAUAGUGUUCUCUUCUUGCUCGUCCAAACCUAACGCUCGUGCUUGCUGGAUUGCUGUGAUUGAUCUAAUUUCAUUCACUAAUCUGCUCCAAGAAGUCUACUCGGAAUAGUUUACGAAUUCACCAAUGGUUGUUGGGGAGAUCCUUUUGAGUACCUUCCUUCAAGUCCUAUUCGAGAAGUUAGCUUCUCUGGGCUCGGACUAUGCGCAAGGGGGAGGAGCAUUGCCCUUCUUUGGAAUUGGCAUUGACCUGCUCAAUAAGUGGACGAAGAUGCUGGUUGUAAUCAAUUCAGUUCUGGGUGAUGCAGAGGACAAGCAAGUGAGCAACAAAGGUCCAGUGAAGCUAUGGCUAGAUGAUGUUAGGGACUUGGCCUACGACAUGGAAGACUUUCUUGAUGAGUUCACCAUUGUAGCCACCCAAGCCAAGUCGAAGGCAGAAUCCAGCAUGAGUGGAGGUCUAGUGAAAUGGAAGUGCCCUUUUGUUAGCCAACAUAUAUCCUCCAUAUCAAAUCCAAACAUGUGCUCACUCGUGUCUCAAACUGAGGUACGAAAGAUCUCUAAUAGGUUGGAAGAGAUUAUCACUAGGAAGGCUCAUCUAAGCUUGAUAGAGAAUGCUGUGAACAAAUCUGACUACACUGACAAAAGGCUCCCUAGCAGUUCUCUGCCAGAGCCUCAAUUUUUUGGCAGGGAGAAGGAAGAAGCAGAAUUGCUUGAUCUCUUGAUUGGUGAAGCUGAAAAUGUUGAUACAACAUUGAGCAUUGUCCCUAUAAUUGGGAUGGGCGGUGUUGGAAAAACGGCCUUGGCUCAACGGUUAUAUAAUGAUGUCAGAGUGAGUAGGUACUUCGAAAGGAGAGCAUGGGUUUGUGUUUCAGAUGUUUUUAAUGUUCUUGACAUAACCAAGACUAUUUUGUGGUCGAUCACUAAGGUGUCCAACGAGGGUGAAGAUCUUAACGGGCUUCAAGUUAAGUUGAAGGACACUCUAUCGGGGAAAAAGUUUCUUGUGGUUUUAGAUGAUGUUUGGAAUGAAAACUAUGGAGAAUGGACUGCCCUCUUAAAGCCAUUUGAAGCUGGGGCUAAGGGAAGCAAGAUCAUCAUCACGACUCGCAAUGAUAUUGUUGUUUCCAUAACAGGAUAUUCAUCAUAUCCUUUGAAGGAGUUGUCCAUUGAUAAUUGUACAAGCUUAUUAGCCUUUCAUGCUCUUAAAACAACAAAUUUUGAGAGGCAUCCAAAUCUUGAAACAAUAGGCAAGAAAAUAGCUGAAAAAUGUAAAGGUUCACCUUUGGCAGCGAAGGUAUUGGGAGGUCUCCUACGUAAUAAAGGGAAUCCCGAUCAAUGGGAAGCUAUCUUAAAGAACAAAAUGUGGGAUCUUCCAACGGGAGAAAAUGAUGAGGUUAUUCGAGUUUUGAAAUUGAGCUAUGUCCAUCUUCCUUCUUACUUGAAGAGAUGCUUUCUUUAUUGUGCAGUAUUUCCUAAGGAUUACGAAAUUGAGAGGGAUGAGAUUGUACACUUAUGGAUCGCGGAGGGUUUUUUAGAUGGAGGAAGAUCAAAGGAGAAUACCUUGGAAACAGGACGGACUCACUUCAAUGAGUUAGUAUCUAGAUCAUUUCUUCAACAAUCAAGUGUCGAUGCAUCUAAGUUUUUAAUGCAUGAUCUUUUGAAUGAUCUAGCAAAGUCAAUUGCGGGCGGGAUAUGCUUUAACUCUGAGUCUCAGUUGGCUAGUAACGAAGAUGAUGUAUCUCUUGAGAAAGUUCGUUAUGCAUCAUUCACCUCAUUGUGGAGUGUUACAUCAAAAUGCAUGAGAGCAUAUCAUCGAAUGAAGGUACUAAGAAGUUUAAUAUUAUUGCCUUAUAGAUCUCACAAAUAUUGCCAAUUUCACAUGUCCAACAAAGUUCUGCAUGACUUGCUAACAAAAUUGAAGUACUUAAGGGCGUUCUCCUUAUGUCAUUAUUCCAUCAUAGAGGUACCGAAUUGUGUUGGUGAUUUAAAACAUCUCCGCUAUCUCAAUUUCUCAUACACAAAUAUAGAAAGGCUACCCGAGUCAAUUGGCGGCUUGUGCAAAUUACAAGCUUUGAUUUUAAAAGGUUGUCAAAGGCUUUCGAUGUUGCCUCAAGGAAUCACAAAAUUGGUGAGUUUACAGUUUCUCGAUAUUAGAGAUACAAUGAGUCUAAAAGAGAUGCCAUCGAGUAUCUGUAAUUUGAAGAAUCUUACGAUCUUGUCCAAGUUUUUGGUAGGACCAGACAAAGGGUCACAAUUAAAAGAGUUAAAGAACUUGCCACAUCUUCAAGGAGAAUUAUUCAUAUCAGAACUACAAAAGGUGAAAGAGGUUAGAGAUGCAGUGGAUGCCGAUUUAAUUGGAAAGCGAGGCCUUACCAACUUAUUCUUGCAUUGGGGCGAAAAUUUUGGAAAUUUGCGGAAUGGGAUGCACGAAGCAAGGGUGCUUCACUCUCUGCAACCUCACACUAAUCUUGAACAUCUCUCUAUCUCGUACUAUGUUGGUCCAAGAUUCCCCUCAUGGUUAGAUGGUCCCUCUUAUUCAAAGAUAAUUUCUUUAUGCUUACAGGAUUGUCCUAACGUCACAUCGCUUCCGUCACUUGGACAACUACCUUCACUUAGAGAAUUAUCUCUUAAAGGUCUACAUGCAGUAAGCAUGAUAGGCCCUAGAUUUUAUGGAGGUAAAAGCCCUUUUUCAUCCUUAACAACUUUGACGUUGGAAGAGAUGUUGGCAUGGAAGGAUUGGUCUCAUCCUGUUGGGGGUCGAGAAGAAGAUGUCCCGUUCUCUUGUCUUCAGCAUCUUGUUGUCCGAAGAUGUCAUUCGUUGGUCGGGGCAUUGCCUGGUCAACUUGAUUUUCUCAUGAAGCUUGAAAUUCAUUCAUGCCCACAAUUGAAUAACUCAACUAGUGUGGUCUAUCUCCCAUCUCUCUGUGAGUUAUACCUUAAUGAUUGUAACAAGGAGAUCUUAAAAACCUUGGUCAACCUAACUUCAUUGACUGUUCUCAAAAUUGAGAAUCUUGCGGAGCUUGUUUGCUUUGAUAAUAGGUUUAUGAGCUACUUGGUUAAGCUAAAGGAGCUUUAUAUAGGACGGUGUGACAAGUUAAACUACUUGUGGCAAGAUGGAAAUGAAAUGCUAAAUCUUACUUGCCUCCAGGAAUUAACCAUCAAAAGCUGUCCUCAGUUCACAUCAUUAGUGGUGGGAGAAAUAGAAAUAGAGCUGCCAUGCAACCUUGAAAAGAUGGAAUUGAGUAAUUGCGCCAGUUUAGGAAAGCUUCCAAGUAAGAUGUACACAUUAAGAGAUUUGACCGUUCAUAAUUGUCCAAAAAUCAUGGGACUAAAUAUUCCUCAAGAUAACCCCAAUAGCAAUAACCCGAUAUCUCAACUUAAAUAUCUUAGCAUAAGUAAAUGUGAUUCUUUGAUAUCCUUUCUAGUUGACAAGGGUAGACUUGCUUCUCUAAAGAAGCUUACUAUUAUUGCAUGUGAGGGGGUGGAGUCACUUGAAGAGAUCAUCACAGAAUCGCUGAAUUAUUUGGCUAUAAGUACAUGUGAGAAUUUGGUAAGCAUAUCACGGUUUCUUCACACGCUAUCCCAUCUCACUCAUUUGGAAAUAUGGGAGUGUCCAAAAUUGGAGAUAGAGGACUUCCCUCCCCUUCCCAUCACCCUAUCGACUCUUCAGCUUACUGAUUGUCCAAAGAUAAAGUCUCUACCGGACGAGUGGCAUCACCUUACGUCCCUUCGGUGGCUAGAAAUUGUGAGGUGUGAAAAUAUCAAAUGCUUCCCCGGAGAAGGUUUGCCUCCCAAUUUGCAGCGCAUUUGGAUAUCAGGGUGUGAGAAUAUGAAGCAGCCAAUGAGAGAAUGGGGCUUACCCUUGCUCACAUCCCUCACGCAUCUAUAUAUUGACGGGAGCAACAUGGGAGGAGAGGGAGAAAAGGUGCGGUUUCCUUCGGGGGACGAGGACAAGGAGGAUGCCUGGAGUCUUCUGUGUCCUUCCUCUCUAACCGUUCUUAACAUAGAAGGAAUGAGGAAGGUGGAAAGACUAUCAAGCGGUCUUCGCCACCAUCUCUCCUCUCUCGAACUGUUAUCGAUUGUCGAUUGCCCAAAGUUGAGGGACUUGCCAGAGGAUGGUCUCCCUCCCUCCCUCCAAUCAUUCGAGAUAUAUGGAUGUGAGAAUCUGAAAGAUCGAUUGUCAAAGCACACCGGCGACUAUUGGCCCCUCAUCCAAGAGAUCCCAUGCAUCUUCAUUGAUCAUGAUUUGAUCCGGUGAAUUGAUUUGUCCAUGUAUGGUCAGGUUUUCUUAGGGUUUGGGUAAGUUUAUGAUUUUGAAGGCAUCGAUUUCCAUUCUGCUUCUUCAACUCGAUGCUCGAUACAAAUUCCAUACUUUCCCAUGAAGAAGCUCCGCAUGAAUUUCGGGAAAUCCAAGAAACCCUUGACAUCCGCAUCGAUUGUGUUCUCAAGUCCGAUCAAGUGCAAUCGAGCCACUUUCAAUUUCAUUUGCUAACUGCCGCAAUCCAUCCCUUCCAUCUACGGUCAGAUUUCUAGG